AGUGUUGGGCAACAGAGAUGCUAUGGGCACCACCCCCUGGUGGUCUAUCUGGAGUCAUGACUUCUGGGGUAACCCGCUUACCCGCAGAGGGUCACACGGGUCCUGGCGACCCCUUACCACUCUCUCCUUCAGGUUGAACAUGGUAGUGGCCCGCGCUCUGACGCCAGAGUACGACCUGCCAGGAGGGGAUGCCAGACCUCCGUCAGUGCCACCUUCACCUCUGGCAUCCUCAGAAGUGCCAAGUCCGCCCGUGCCUUCCCUCACGCCCACGCUCAAAGCCGCCUUCUCCGCCUCCUCCUUUCACUUCGUCAAUGUUGUCCUCCACGCCGCUGUCACCGCCGCAUACGUGGGCGUGCUACAGUGCGUGGGAGUGGGCGCGUGGGCGUGUCUAGGAGCCGGCUCAUUAUUCGCCGCCCAUCCCGUGCACGUCGAGGCAGUUGCGGGCGUGGUGGGCCGGGCGGAGCUCCUGGCCGCCCUGGCCUUCUGCCUCGCCCUGGCAGCCUAUAUUAAAUACCUCCGUGGGCGUGCAACUGGGCGUUUGUGGGCGCGGAGGAUGAACGGUUGUGGUCACGGCUGCAUAUGCUGGGAGGACAACCGAGCAAGCAGCCUCAGCUGUUCCAGCAUUUCCUGGAACAGCAAGUGGGCGCUCCAGCUGCCAUCAUGGGCGUGGUUGGCGCUGAGCGUGGCGGGCGCCGGCGUGGGCAUGGCCUGCAAGGAACAGGGCGUCACAGCACUGGGCGUAGGGCUACUGCUGCACGCAGCUGCUGUGGUCACCAUCACACCCAGGAACAAGUGUGUGUUGCAGCCGCUGGUCCGGGAGCUGUUACCCGGCAGUGUGGGCACGCUAGUGUUGCUGUGGGCAAGGCUGAGUGUGGCCCCCAACAUGCCCACAUUCACGCCCGCGGACAACCCCGCCGCCCACGCCUCAUCUGUACUCACCCGCGCCCUGAGCAUCGCCCGGGCGUGGGCGGUCCACGCCCGCUUGUUACUCUGGCCCGCCACUCUCUCCUUCGACUGGUCCAUGGGUUCAGUGCCACUGGUCACAUCCCUCAGUGACCCAGCCAACCUGGAGACCGUGGCACUGCUGGUCUGCGUGCUGGCACUAGCCGUCACUGCCAGCACUGCCUGUUGGAGGGCACGUCAACACCUCACCAAGAUAUACACAUAUCAUACCCAACAUUCAUACCAUGAUGCCCUCAACAACAACAUCCAACAAGGAGACAUCACCUACAUACCCUAUUACCUACGACACCCACUCAAGCCUCACCCAAACCCACUCCUGCUAGUGCUAGCGUGGGCACUGCUAGUGCUACCCUUCCUACCAGCUUCCAAUUUGGCAACGUACGUGGGGUUCGUGGUGGCAGAACGAGUACUUUAUCUGCCAUCCAUGGGCGCCUGCCUUCUGGUAGCCCUGGGCUACCAGAACCUCUGGCGGGCUAUAACGUCUUAUAAAUGGCAUCGAACAGGAGACUCGCGCAGUCGAACCAGAUGGUGGCGAGGCGGUGGGUGGCGGGUGGCAGCGACAGGGGCGUGGGUGGCUCUCCUGCUCCUGCUGGGUGCCAGGACACUCAGGAGAAACCAAGAUUGGCACAGCGACGAGGCACUCUACCGAUCAGGAGCGGCUGUCAACCCACCCAAGGCCUUGUCCAACCUGGGAGUGGUGUACAGCGAACAGGGUCGCCUCCAGGAAGCAGAGGCCGCUUACCGUGGCGCCCUCAGACACGCACCAACCAUGGCAGACACACACUUUAAUCUGGGACUACUGCUGGCGUCUACAGGGAGGACGCAGGAAGCAACAGAGUGCUACCGUGCCGCGUUGUGGAGUAGACCGUGGCUUGCGCAAGCACACUUGGGGCUGGCGGCAGCACUGCAGCAGCUGGGACGUGAUGCUGAGGCUGUGAAGGUGUUAGAGGCGUGUCGGAGCGCAGCAUCAGCACCUGCCAGAGAUGGCUGGAGUCACAGCUGGGCAGUGACCACCUGCAGACAGCGGCUGGCACGGGCACACAUCCUAGCUGGGCGGCCCCACGAUGCCCUAGAGGAAGUGGGGCACGCCCUCCAGCACGCCCCUGAUGGGUACGGCACCCACUCCUUGCAUACCUUGGCAGCAGAGGCCCACCUGGAAGCUGGGGAACAUGCUGAAGCUCAAGCUGCCCUCUCACGUGUCCUGGCUGCCCACCCUCACCAUGUGCCUGCCCACCUCACCUUCUCCAGGAUGCUACAAGCUAAUGGUAGCAGAGUGGAGGAGGUGGAACAGUGGUUGAGGCGGGCAGUGGCACUUGCACCUAACGACCCUCAUGCCCACAAACACCUAGGUCAGCUACUGCUUGAGCAGGACCGUGUGGAGGAAGCGGUAGGGUCGUGGCUGAGAGCAGCUCUGCUGGACUCCACUGACCACACUGCUGCCUUCAACGCUGCCACCGCCCUCAGGCUCUCCGGCAGGAACCAGCACGCUGAGACCUUCUACAGGAGAGCUGUCCAGCUGCGACCAAAAGAUGUGUCGAGCCACAGAAAUCUGGGCGCCAUUCUGCACCUGAAUGGCAAACUGGACGAGGCACGGAAGCACUACGAUGAGGCACUGGCACUGGCUCCCGGCGAUCCCCAGACCACUACCAACCUGCAGAGGCUGUCAGCGCUGGUUAACAAGAAGGGAGUUUCCUAGUGGGCCUCCGGCAGGGACCACGCAGGUGGUGUUGCGCAGUAUUUAACGAUCCCCUCAUAUAUCACGAGCUCAAUUCGUAGGUGAUCCCGGGUACAAUGUAUGUUGUAUUGAUGAAGGAUCCGUAGUAUUCCUGUUUAUCUGUAAGAGUUAUACUCAGACGAUGAGGACCAAGACAGUCAUCGUUCAUCUGUCUGCUGAAAGUUGUCAAGCAUCAGAAGCAAACGGCGCUGUGAUUCUCAUAAUCGCGAUGAUUAUAGCAACGACUCGACACAGAUCAAUAUAUUUAAUAGACGGCUUUAAUACUGCCCUAUUAUAUCCCUCGAAAUCAUUCAACAAGUUUUUAAAAAAACAUUAAAUACUUCAUUAUUUUUAAAGGGUUGCCACUGGGAACUGACAAGGGAGAUGGAGAAGCUAGAAAUCUCUCUCUGAACACUUCUCCGACUUCAUAUUACCUAUAUUUUACGUUACUGAUGACGGCAUAUAUUUCCUACUGAGAAACUUCAAUUUGUACAUAUUAUCAGCCUUCCAUAGUUAUAUUGUGGGAAGUUUCCUUUGAAGACACGAGAAAGUGUUGCUUGUUCCAUGGUGUGAGGAAACAUGAAAAACACAUCUGAUGUGAUUUUUUUCGUUUUUUGCUGGGUGGACCAGUAAGCCAGCAGGUGACCUUGGUCACAUGACCAGAAGCUCCACUGAGCGGGUUAUUGCAUGACUAACACCAGCAGCAGGAGACUUCCUUUUCCAGUUUCCAUGAUAAAAACACUACUACAGGAGAGAACACACCCACAAUCUCUAAUUAAAAACUUCCAAGUCUAGUUCUUGGUGUACCAUAUGAUGACAAUCCUGUAUCUAGACUCUUGUUCUCAGAGUGAUAUCAGAUUUCACUCAUCAAUAUUCAUCUUUCUGUGGCUGUUCUUGGGGAAAUUCACACUCUCGAAGACGUGUCCCAAAGUUCUUCUGUGUCCCUCUAUGGUAAAACUGCGUAUUCAUCGGUGUUUUGUGUGAUAUUUGUUAAUAUUUUUUUUCGCUAAUAUUGCAUUAUUAUCAAAUAAUCGCUUUCAACGUGAGUAAAAAUCCUUCAUAAAUUGUUUACUCCUAAAAAAAAUGGAUAAUGCGGCCAUUUGUGGUCAAGAAAUGACCAGGUCUUUAUCCUUUCUUACGACGCUCCCGGGAACAGUAUGAAGCCCAGUGAGAUUAAGGUUAAAUUUACAGUAAAUUUUAUCUAUAUAGUAUUGUACGUUUACAUAAGGAGAAGGAUUCAAAGUUAAUGUAAGGUAUCGCAUCCACCAUCGUCUCCAAAACUGCGCGUCAGCACACCCAAAAUUCCUCUGCUACGGCCACAAUGUUGACUUGAGGCUCGCGCACUUCUGGAGUCUCAGCGAUGCUCUUUUUUAACGAAUAAUCAUAAUUCUGUGUCAUAUUUUGGACAUUCCUUAACAUCAGUCUGUGAUAUUUGCCAAGAAGAGAUUAUUUCAUGACAUUAUGGCACCAGUUUAUCCUCCCCACUCUCACUACUUCAUAGGUUGUAUGAUACCCAUUGAUCAAGACAUGUACAUUAGUUUAUCUUUUGAGGAGCAACGAUGGCGUAGAUGUGGGUAAAACGCUACAUGUUCGCUUCCACUGAGCAACAGUGUGCGCCCAUCAGCGGCCAAUGUACAAACUCCAUCAUUUCUCUGGUUCCAAAGUGUGACGAGAAAAUGUAUCAGUCAGGUUUAUUUACCUUCGUCUGCCUCACCUCUGUCUAUUUGCAGUGUCUGGAUAUGAUGUACAGACCUCUUGAAACUCUCCCAGUGGGUCCUGAACCAACACUAAAUGAUCUACGGUCUCUGACCUGACCCGGUAAUUCACUUGGAUCAUGCAAAUUUUCGUAUUUACCCGCUAUGUUGUACAUAUUCUGUAGAUUUUCAACAUGAGAGGUAUAAAUUUUAAAGCCUUUUAGACAACUGUAUAGUUAACUCUUCAACUUCUUUAGUGAGUUUCUUUGCUUUUCAGUAAGUCAGCAAGUAAUGCCGUAUUUUCUUAGCAUCAAAAGAAACUCAGUAGAUCUUGCAUUAACUCACCACGUGCUCGAGUAGUCGACCAAAGUCGCUAGUUACUUCACCAGGCCUAGAGCAACUUGGUCGUAGCUGCAAGACUCACCCCCAGAUUUAGUAGACACACCACUUCAUAGUACAAGACAUCAAACAGGUACUCACAAAGCAAAAGGUGUCACCAGGUCAAGGACUCUUGGACACCAGACCUGGUAGUAACCAUAACUAUUGUUUUUAUUAAGGGCCACGAAACCUAGUAAACGAACUGGCUGUUAUAAACUCUAAGAGAUACAGAAGUGAUAACAGAAGGGGACCAGUACACCAACUGAAUCAUCGAAUUCAACGAAGGUUCGAAGUAGUAGGACAAGAAGAAACGAAAUGGCUGAGGUAUCGAACUCUACGAGGCUUCGUAGAAGAAGAAAAAAAACUAACUGGUCGAGGUAUCGAACUCCAUGAGGCUUCAUAGAAGAAAAACAAACUGGCCGAGGUAUCGAACUCCACGAGGCUUCGUAGAAAAAAAAAAUGAACUGAUCAAGGUAUCGAACUCCACGAGGCUUCAUAGUAA